AUGGACAGUAGAAGCCUUCCUUUGGAUAACAGCACUGUGGCCAACCGGGAACAAGAUAUUAAUGAACUUCAAGACGAUUAUCACCAAGAUUACUCUCCGUGUCCUUUGUUAGGUGAGAUAAAUGUCUUCGUAACGGUGGCCAAAACAGCAGCAUAUGUGGUGAUAGCAACAAUUUCGUUGAUCGGAAAUCUUUUGAUAAUAAUUGUCAGCGGAAAAUCGAAUCGUACGCGGAAAGUAGCUUACAGCCUCAUUGUGAACAUGGCCGUUGCAGAUCUAUUGACUACAAUUAUAAACGUGCCUGAAUCUCUUGUAGUGGAAAUAAGAGACACAGACGAAUGGAUGCAAGGUGUAGUGGGUGUGAUACUGUGCAAGGGCUUGCCGUUCUGCCAGCUUAUCUGUGCUUUCUGUUCCAUUCUUAGUUUACUAGGCAUUGCGCUUGAUAGGUUUUUCGCAGUUUGCCUGCACUCAAGAGAAUAUUGA